AUGGCAGUUUCAGCUUUAAAAGUUACACCUACUUGGAGGAAGUUCAACUUGGACCUUGACAUCCCUGAUAUCGACACUGAGUACCGACGGAAGAAGAUGAAAUUUUCUUAUGAUCAGUGAGAGGAUACCAUAGUCCAAAGCAAUAGAUAUGGAGUCUGCAUGAAAAAAGGACUAAGGCCUUAUAUGGAAGACGCUUACCGAGCUAUCGAAAAUUUCCACGGAAAAAGUGACGCAUUCGGAGUUUUUGACGGCCAUUCAGGAAAUUCCGCAUCAAAAUUUGCCUCACAAAAGUUACUGGACAGUCUUGAAAAAACUGAUGAGGAAAGCAUAAAAAAAGCUUUUGAGGCUACGGAUAAGGCUUAUUGUUCCCUUAAUACAAGCCAAGAAGGAGGCUCAACGGCCGCUAUAGCAAUUAUUGAAGAUAAUCUCUUAAAAGUAGCUAAUGUUGGGGACUCUAAAAUUUUAUUAAUAAGUGAAGAGGAAACUGAAAUUCUUUCUCGUGACCAUUUAGCUUCAGAUUUAAGUGAGCAGACACGGAUUGAACAAGCUGGAGGCUAUGUGUUUCCUGUUGGAAAAGUAUUUAGAGUCCAUGGGCAGUUAGCAAUUUCACGCAGUUUAGGAGAUGCCAAGCUUAAAGAGUUCGUAAUUUCUGAGCCUUAUGUAGCUGAAAGACAGAUAAAUAAAAAUGAUCUGGCUUUGGUAAUAGCGACAGAUGGGCUUUUUGAUGUGCUAAAUAAAGAAGAAAUAGCGAAAAUUGUCAGGAGUGCUGAAAAUUUGAAGCCUUUUCAAGUAGCGGAAAUGCUGGUGCAGGAAGCAAUGAUUAAAGGGUCAAGAGACAAUAUUACUUGUAUAGUUGUAAGUAUCAGAGGCUACGGAUCCUUUAAUAAUUGUAUAUAG